AUGUUGGACGACCUCGGCCUCCCCAGCAUCAGCCAGCUAACCAGCCUCUGUCUCUGGGCAGCCUCCAUCGGCUCAGUGCUGCUCGGCCUCUGGUCCAGCAUCAGUCUCCUGCGCCACAUCCGCCUUGCUCAAAGCACUGGCCUCCCCUUCGUCAUCCUGCCCUUUUGGCUGCUCGGCGGCCCCUGGCAACUGGCCCAGUUCAUCGUCGUCCCAGUCCUCAAGGCUCUCCCCGAGCGACUGACCCGGAACUGGCUGCCCCUCCUCCUGUUCAACGAGUUCUGGCACAAUGGCUACGAGCCAUUUGAGCGACUCCAGGCAGACACCUUCAUGGCCGUCUCGCCAGGCGGACUCAUCCUCUACACCUGUGACCCCGACGUCAACGUCCAAUUGUUCCGCGACGCAAGCUUUGGCAAGCCAGCCGAGCUCCUGUCCAUCCUAAACGUCUAUGGGCCGACCAUCACCGGCACAGACGGCCCCGAGUCGCGGCUCUAUCGCAAGGUGACGGCGCCUUUCUUCUCGGACAAGACGCUGCGCCGCGUCUUUGCUCAGUCCGUCUCUGCAGCAAAGAUCCUUCUUGCUGCCUUGCUGCGUCCAGAUGCUCAUCGCCAGCUGCGAACGUUGUCCGCAAGGGUCUCGCUCAACACGCUGAGCCAGAUAACCUUCCACUACCAGAGUGACUCUGAUCUGACCCAGGCGUUGGCCUUUGAUGAGAAUAUUCCAGAGGGAAAGACGCUGAGCUUCAGCCAGGCUCUACAUGGGCUGUUGGAGAACCUAGGUGUCGUCUUCGUCGUGCCUCGCUGGAUAUUGCGCCUGUCGCCGUUUCGGCCUCUCCAUCAUGCGGCAGUAUGCUACUCGGAGCUUGGAUCAUAUAUGGACCAGCUGAAGCGGGCAAGGGAGGCGACGCUCUCUAAAGACCCCUCGUCUAAGUCCUCUUCGGGCGAGGACCUCCUCGAUCUGCUCAUCCAAGCGGGCACAUCUACAGAUGAGAAACAUAAGCCCGUUCUGACCAACGCUCAAAUCAUCGGCCAAAUCUUCCUCUUCAUGUUUGCAGGACACGAAGCCAACGCCAACCUCCUCGUCUCCAUCAUCCUCCUCUUGGCAUGCCAUCCCGCAAUCCAGCACACGAUGCAGCGCGACCUCGACCGUCUACUCGGCGAUACAAGCCCAGACACAUGGUCGUACGACAACAACUACAGUGCGCUCAUGCAGGGUACCGUCGGCGCGGUCAUCAACGAGGCCCUCCGCCUCUUCACCGUCAUCCCCGUCCUGCCAAAGUGCGUCCCUCCCGGCGGCCCCUGGCUCUCCAUCACCGUCAAGGGCCAGCGCCAUCCGCUGCCGCCCAACACGAUUGCGCUCGUCAACACGAGCGCAACGCAUCGGCAUCCGGAGCACUGGCCCAAGAGGAGGAGGCCGGCAGAUGUCGACUCAGACAGUCGCUCUUCCUGGUCGGAUAUCAGAAACGACCCGCGCCAACGUCCUCAUGCCGUGGCGGACUUUGAUCCGUGGAGAUGGUUGGAGGGGACAAGCGGCGAGACUACACAGACAGGCUCGACCAACUUCUUGAAGCCUCGAGCCGGGACUUUUAUCCCCUUUUCAGAUGGCAGUCGAGGAUGCCUUGGUAAGCGGUUUGCUCUGGUGGAGGUCUGUGCCAUGGUCGCAACACUGUUCAAGACACACUCUGUCGAGCUGGUGACGGAGCCUGAGCAUGGCGUUAAGGGGGAGGAGGAGGCUUGGUUGGAGGCACGUCGACGUGCUGCCCUCGCGCUUUCGGAGGGGACCAAGUUCGACACGAGUCUGCGCGUUGCGAGGACUGUGCCCAUCAGGUUUGUACCAAGAGACGAUUGA